AUGAAGGUCCAAUUACUUGCCCUCGGGGCUGCCCUUGGAGCACAUCUGGCUGUCGCUGAGACACCAGAUGUCGAGACGCAAGGUUUCCCGGGUUUUCCAGAUUUUCCAGAUUUCCCAAAGUUCCCUUUCCCGGGCGAUUGGUAUAAUAGAUUCCGCCAGGUUUCCCCUGAAAAAUUGAUGUGGUUUAUUCGCGAAAGGGAUCUGAAGGCAGGAGCCAAAAAGUUAGAAUCUCUUGCAUACGCUUCUCCUGGACGGAACCGGGUUUUCGGCACUGAGGGCCAUGAGGCUACCAUUGAUUACCUCGUGAAAGAGCUUAAGCGGACCCGUUACUAUGACGUGAGCAAGCAGGAGCAAGUUCACCUGUGGAGCAAGUCCGAAGCCACAUUGAAAGUCAAUGGCGAGAACAAGGAGGUUCUUCCUAUGACAUACAGCCCGUCAGGGGACGCGAAGGCGGAGCUUGUCCUUGUGAAUAACCUCGGAUGUGUUCCUGCAGAUUUCCCACCAGAAGUGAAUGGCAAAAUCGCGCUGAUCCUUCGGACCCUAGGUGCUCCCUCUAACCCCGCAGGCCCUUAUCCCCCGACCGUCGGUGUUUCCAAGGAAAUCGGAGACGACCUCGCCGCGCGCUUGGGAUCGGGGACUUUGAUGGGUGAACUGUUUGCUAACUCACAGUUUGAGAACCGCACGACAUAUAACGUCAUUGCAACCUCGAAGGGUGGAGAUAAAAACAACAUCAUCGCGAUUGGAGGACACUCCGACUCCGUUGAGGCUGGCCCCGGCAUCAACGACAAUGGCUCCGGCAUCAUCGGCAACCUCGCCAUCGCCAAGGCCCUCGCACGAUUCAAGGUCCCCAACGCCGUCCGCUUCCUCUUCUGGACCGCAGAAGAAUACGGCCUCCUCGGCUCGCAAUACUACGUCGACAACCUCAGCCCCGAAGAACGCGACAAAAUCCGCCUGUACCUCAACUUCGACAUGACCGCCUCCCCCAACUACGCCUACAUGAUCUACGACGGCGACGGCUCAACCUUCAACUUCACCGGCCCCUCCGGCAGCGCCGAGAUCGAGAAACUCUUCCAGAAAUACUACGAGGACCGCAGGACGGCACACAUCCCCAGCGAGUUCGACGGGCGCUCCGACUACGACGCCUUCAUCUCCGUCAGCAUUCCCGCCGGCGGCAUCUUCACGGGCGCCGAGGGCAUCAAGACGCAGGAACAGGCCAAGAUGUUCGGCGGCACCGCCGGCAUCGCGUAUGACUCCAACUACCACGGCGUGGGCGAUGAUGCGAACAACGUGAACAUGAAGGCGUGGAUGAUGAAUACCAAGGGCGCGGCGUAUGCGCUUGCGACCUAUGCGCGCAGCACCAAGAGCCUGCCCCCCAAGGACCCGCCGCCCAAGCAGGCCCGCGCUCUGGGCACUGGAGGCGUGAAGCCGUUCAAUGGCAAGUGUGAUGAUAUCCACGGCCAUGGCAGGAGGUGUACCUAUUAA